AGAGUAAUUUCUCUCCCGCCACCCCUGGCCUGCCUGUCCGCACCCUUAGCGAGACAAACCAGAGCGACUGGUGGUCAAAGAUGAGCGAUAUCAUUUCCAAACAGCUUGAGGAUGAAGAGGGUAAUGAUCCCCUUGUUCCUCCCAAGAUCACUACGACCACUGAAACUAGCGCCUCCCCGGCGCCUACCUCUCCUCCGGUAGAUGCCGUGGGCAGUGGACUUCGCGGAGGGUGUAGCAG